AAAAAAAUGUUGGAAUGCAUGAAGAAUACAGAAUGUUUUGAUGAAGUAGAUGAAACAGAUGAAGAGAAUGAAGAUGAAGAGGAUGAAGAGAGAAUAGAAAUGAAGAGAGAGAUAGAGAGGAGAAUGAAAGAUGAGAACAGUGAAAAUAAUGAAGACGAAAACGAAGAGGAGGAAAGUGAAGAGGAGGCAAGUGAAUAUGAUGAUAGUUAA